GAGCGGAGUCAACCUCGGUAGUCGUUGUCCCGCUGUCCUGGCGCACCAUCCCCGAUCGCCCCUUUGGUCUCUAUCCUCGCACCAUCGCUCCAUACACUACCUCCGCAUUGCUCAUCUCCACUGAGUGUACAUCGCAGGCCAUCGGGCCUGGAAUUCUCAACCACCAUGUGGAAGCCGUCGCAGCGGCUGAUGGAAACCAUCAGCCAUUAUGCCAGCUUCCCCGCCACGGGCGUGUCCCUGCGCCAAAUGGUCCAGUUUGGCGACAGACCCUCCACCGGCACCCUGUUCCGCGCCUCGCAAUUCCUGUCGGAAGAACUCCCCAUUCGCCUAGCCCAUCGUGUCCAGGAUCUUGGCGAGCUCCCCGAUGGGCUCAGUGAGAUGCCUUCCAUCAAGAAGGUCCAGGACUGGUAUGCGCAGUCGUUCGAGGAAAUCAUUACUCUCCCUCGACCGACUCUGAGCCAAGAAGUGAAACAACGUCUGCUGCGACCCGGCCGAAUGAACGGCAGUCAUUCCAAGAUCCUCUCGGAAGCGACCCAAAACCCUAGCAUCAAAGAGGGACAGUAUCGGUCCUCUCCCACAUCUGCAACGAAUGGCCAUACCAAUGGAAAGGCGGCGGCUGCCGCCCGAAGAUACUUUGUGCCGUCCGACGAUCAAGGUAAUUGGCCACCGGAACUGAACGACUACAACGAACGCUUCGCCAAGACACUGCAACAGAUCAAACGUCGCCACGAUAGUGUUGUCACAACCGUGGCCCAGGGUAUACUCGAGUGGAAGCGCAAGCGCCAGCGUUUGCAAAUCGACUCCACCGUCCAGUCCUUCCUCGAUCGCUUCUAUAUGUCUCGGAUUGGUAUACGAAUGUUAAUCGGUCAACACAUCGCGCUCACGGAACAAACGCAUGUUCGGCAUCCAAACUACGUCGGCAUCAUCUGCACCAAGACCAAUGUUCGCGAGGUGGCCUUGGAGGCCAUUGACAACGCUCGUUUUGUCUGCGAGGAUUACUACGGUCUUUUCGAUGCUCCCAAGGUUCAGCUCGUCUGCAAGGACGACCUGAACUUUAUGUACGUUCCCGGCCACUUGUCUCACAUGCUCUUCGAAACCUUGAAGAACUCCCUGCGUGCCGUCGUGGAAACACACGGUGCGGACAAGGAGGCAUUCCCGGUCACCAAGGUCAUCAUCGCCGAGGGCAAGGAAGACAUCACGAUCAAGGUCUCCGACGAAGGUGGCGGCAUCCCCCGCUCGGCCAUUCCGUUGGUCUGGACAUACAUGUACACCACCGUGGAACAGACGCCCAAUUUGGAUCCGGACUUCGAUAAGAGCGACUUCAAGGCUCCCAUGGCCGGUUUUGGUUAUGGCUUGCCGAUCAGUCGCUUGUAUGCCCGAUACUUUGGCGGAGAUUUGAAGUUGAUCAGCAUGGAGGGCUAUGGCACGGACGUGUAUCUUCAUCUGAACCGACUCUCCUCGAGUUCGGAACCCCUCCAAUGACAAUUACCAGUCAUGAGGGAUGGUCGUGUCCGGUUCUCUACUUCCCAUCGCCUUCACCCUUUCUACUCAGAACCGGAUCCGCCACCAUCUCAAGGAUUGACGCCAAUGAACAUUCAAGCGGCGCGCGCCCGGAUGCGCACCCGGGAAGUUUCCGAACGCAAGCAGGUCGGUGAUGCCGAAAGUAUGCUCAAUGCGGAGAGGUCGGCAAA